GAUGUUUGUAGCUGUGACCAAUAGUGGUGUAGAGGAAGCGCAGUGUUUGCUCUCAGAUUAAUGCUAUUUCUAGUUUAACAGAUGUUAUGUGGACUUGUGAACGUGCGUAGAUGGUGCAUGAGUGUGAUAUAGUUCGAUAAUGAACGACGAAAACGAGGAAGAAAUCUUGGAAACGCUUAAAUUUCCCAAAGGCCACCAAUAAGCCUAACUAGCGCGGCCCUCUUGGUUCAAUGGUUGUGAAGCAACACAAACUUGCAUUGGUUUGCGGACGAUGGUUUCUCCCUCUAAAAAGAGGCAGAUAAAGGGCAGAGUGACAAGCGGAUGCAAAGGCGAUCGCAAAGGAGAUAAAUCAAGUAGCAAACUGUCGUACAAACCAUUGCUAAACAAGAAGUUUUAUCUGGAUGUGAAGGGAUACAGAGGCACAAGCACAAUUACUGCUGACAUUCACAACCUUGGAGGAAUCGUUGAAGAAUUUUUCAGUCGUGAAGUGAACUAUGUGAUUAGCACCCGGUGUGGCCAAACAGCAGGUGGAUCCAGCAGUGAACAGCAACCUUCCCCAAGUGCUGUACAUACUGCUUCACCACUCACACCACAGCAGCCUUUAUCAUCUCUGCCCUCCACCUCACAUGACUCCCCUCUCAACAUUGAUUCACCCAGGGAGGACACUGGGAAAAAACGAGUUAGAACACGAGCUGAAGUAUUAAUUGAGCGAGCGUGUGUGCGCCGCCAGGGUACAAGUGAUGUAUUAGAGAACGCCCGACUAUGGAAUGUACCUGUCUGGCCUCUCUCAAAACUUCUCAAAUGGGUGACUGUGCUUAAGGAAAACAAUCGGUACAGACCCCAGAAAGCACAAGGCGCUGUAGCCUCUAAGAAUAGUUUGUCUUCCGCACCAAAGGUUCAGCGUCUCAAGACUCCUUAUAUAAAGACUGAAUGUUUUAAUAGACAGUACAAACCCCUCUACAAAGAAUUAUCAGUCUGGCCUGAACUGAAUCUGUCAAACCCUCCAGGGAUAUCACCUUUUGCAGAAAAUAAACCUGGGAAACUUCGCCAGAACCCCAAGACUUCUUCAGCACACAAAGACGGCCACAAAGAAAAACAGAGAACGAAGGACAGGAGACGUGGGAUCAAAGCCAAGGAAAGUGGAUAUUGUGAACUCUGCAGUACUAACUACGCAAACCUAAGACUGCACCUUCAGUCAGACACCCACGUUGCCUUUGUGAAAAACGACAAAAACUACCAGCACCUUGAUGAACUUAUCAGCGGUAACAAACCUGGCUGUCAGAUAUUUGCCACAUCCAAAUGAGGUAUAGUGGAUUGAUGCAAGCAGAGAGACGUCCAGCUAGUCUAAGCAGUGUUCCCAAUAAGAGACUGCGUAAGCAAAUUGUCUUCGAGAUUGGUGAAACAAUACAUUCAGGCCCAACGCUUGUGGUGAAAGAAGAACCUAAGGAUGAGGACAUAGAGCCUAAUUGUGUCUUCCCAGGUGACACUCGGGAAACCCCAAAUAUCCUUCCUGACGGUGACCGGCCAGCUGACAUUCCCUCCAAACGCUGCUCACCUCGGCUGUUGCUGUCACCGUGUGCUGCUGGUUCACCUGUAUUAGGUGGACCAGUGAAAUCCCCUGAGUGCAAGGUUGCAGCAGCAGCAAAGAUAGCUGCAGAUAUUGACAGUUCUCACACUCUAACCCAAGAAGUCAAAGCUGAACCUUGUGUAGCCGAGGCUUGUUCUAGCAAGAACAAGUCAAACGUGUUGGAAGUAGCCACAGAGGCUUUGGUCCCUGAAGAUAAGGUCACGUUAGCUGCAGUGCCAGAGGUCCCCAAUGUAACUCCUGUGCCUAAAGUAAGUGAAGCAUAUAUUCCUGAGGCUACAGACACUAAAGCUGCUGUCCCUGGGGAUACAAAAUCAGAAGCCUUAGUACCUGAGUCUGUUGACACAGAAGCUCUAGUUCCAGAAGACACAGUUGCUAAGGCAUUUGAACCUGAGGCUUCUGAAGCUGCUAUCCCUAAAGAAAAAGUCACAAAGGUCUCAGACCCUGAACCCCAUGCAGAGUCCUCUGUUAUAGAAAAGUCUGAUAUAACAGAAUCUGCUACCAUAAAGGAUAUUGUUUCAGAAGCUUCAGUUCAAUUGGCCACUGUUCCAGAGGCAGCAGUUAUUGAAGCUGCUAUUCCAGGAGUUAUUGAUGCUGAGGCUGUUGUUCCAGAGACGGCAGUAACUGAAGCUACUGUAACAAAUAUUACAGACAUUGAUGGUGCUUUGCCAGGAACUGAUGUGAAGCAAGCCACUGUUCCCGAAGAAAAAGGGGAAGAACUAAAAUUUAAAUACCCAGAGAAUCCAGGAGACACUACACAAGUAGCUGCUGUGCCUGAAGUUUCAGCACCUGCUCAUCCUCACGCUAGUCUACCCAAUAUUACAGAAGAAAACAGAGAAAUGGUUAGACUGAUUCAAGAAGCAGACGGGAAAAUAGACUCCUUCUGCCACAAGAGGAGCAGUCGGGCUUCAAAAAGGCUUGGAAGCACAGACUUUGAUGCAGUGGAAGUCAAACCUGAUCCUAUUUCCAGGAACAAGAGGUCAACCAGAACCCGUAGAACAAGUUGCCGCUCUGACAGAUCUGAAUCUGAAGUGUCAGAUUCACGAAGUGUUGCUGAUGAGUCUUUGUGUUGCGAUAUGGUGGACAAAACUACUAAACGUGGAAAGCCAAAGAUUGGCGAGCCUCUUCAGGAAGAGGCCGCCACCCAUGUAAGUGCCAAGUAUAAUGGUGAUGUGAGCUCAGACUUAGUGAACGGAACUCAUAAAGUGAAAGGACGCAGGAUAAGCCGUACUAAUAGUGAUGAGUCCGAUUGUAGCUCAACAUCUAGAAGUAAUGGAAAUAUAGACCACAAUGGUGAAAAAGUUGAUUUCAGUCUGUUGCUAGAAAUUUCUGCUGCAGAUAGAAAAAAGUUUGAAAGUAAAAAGGCCAAAAUAAGGAGAAAAACUGCUGAUUGGACACUGAUUUCUGAAACAGAGCAGUAUUACAAUGAAAAAGAAGAAAUAAUGAGAAACAAGAAUAAACCAGACUCAGACAGUGAGAGUGAUGAAAGUGAUAAUUGUGCUGAAAACAAUGACUCUAAAAGUGAGUGUUCAGAUGUCUCUGAAAAUACAGCUAAUCACACUAGAAGUAGGGGUAAAGGGAGGGGCAAACAGACAAGAACUAUGGAUGAAGAUGAGGAAGAAUCAAAAUCUGUAGGGAAAAGGAUUAAAGACGACACUGGUCAAAAAAUAAAAAGCAGAAGAACUGUGGGAAGCAGAACCAGAAAGACACGUUAUGAUUUGACUCUUCUCA